AUGCUUUUCUCCCAAGUUCUCUUUUUUGCAGGAGGUUGGGUAUUUUUUCUCAAACAAUUGUUUAAAGAUUAUGAGGUUCAUCGGUCAGAGAUCCUUUUGGUCUUCUCCAUUACUUUCUCCUUAUCAUGUACAAUGUUUGAACUGAUCAUCUUUGAAAUUCUAGGAAUUUUAGAUGCAAGUUCCAGAUACUUUCAUUGGAAACUGGGUCUCUAUGCCAUUUUAUUUGUUCUGAUUGCUAUUUUGCCUAUGCAUAUAGCCUAUUAUAUAGUGUGCACCAUCCGACUAGUGCCACAGAAGAAACAUGCUCGCAUGACUCUAACUGGAGUUGCAUGGUGUAUCUUUUUGUAUUUUUUUUGGAAAAUAGGUGAUCCUUUUCCCAUACUCAGUCCGAAACAUGGUAUUUUUUCCAUUGAGCAGUGUAUUGGGAGAGUUGGGGUCAUUGGAGUCACCUUAAUGGCUUUGCUGUCAGGUUUUGGUGCUGUGAACUGUCCAUAUACAUACAUGUCAUAUUUUGUCCGAUACAUAACAGAAGCAGAUAUUCAAUCUAUAGAAAAGCGACUUAUACAAACUAUGGAUAUGAUAGUCAUGAAAAAGAAACGGGUUGCAUUAGCUGUUCGGGAAAAUUUACGCCAAGCUGCUUUGAACAAAAAUCAAGGUGGAUUUUUUGGGAUGUUCCGAAAUGUGGCUACGACAGGCACAUCUGAGAAUGUUAGUCAGUUAAAAGGAGAGACUCACGCUCUGGAAGAAUUAAGUCGACAAUUAUUUUUAGAGGCUGUGGAUCUGCAUAACACUCGGGAAAGAAUAGAAGAGUCUAAAACAUUAAAAGGAAAAUAUUUUAACUUUUUGGGUUACUUCUUCUCUAUUUACUGUGUAUGGAAAAUAUUCAUGUCAGCCAUUAAUAUAAUUUUUGACCGUGUGGGAAAAGUAGACCCAGUGACAAGAGGCACAGAAAUUGCUGUCAAUUAUUUAGGGAUACAGUUUGAUGUAAAAUUUUGGUCCCAGCAAAUUUCAUUUUGGUUAGUGGGAAUUAUUAUUGUUACAUCAAUAAGAGGCCUUUUGAUUACACUUACAAGGUUUUUCUAUGCCAUAGCCAGCAGUAAAUCAUCCAACAUCAUUGUGCUGUGUCUUGCACAGAUUAUGGGCAUGUACUUUGUCUCAUCUGUUCUGCUUAUGAGAAUGAAUAUGCCUGUGGAAUAUCGUUCAAUUAUCACCCAAGUACUAGGAGAGUUGCAGUUCAAUUUCUAUCAUCGUUGGUUUGAAUUCAUCUUUCUUGUCAGUGCUCUGUCUAGCAUUGGAUUUCUUUAUAUCGCUCAUCAGCAAGCACCUGAAAAGAACAUACUUUAA